GAAACAUCGGCGCGGUGUGGAAACGCGGCGUGACGCGCGAUCAGGCGGAGCGACGCAGACCAGACGCGGGCGAGCGCAGCUCCUCAACGCGAACACCGCGCGUCCGCCGCCGUCUGCGGUUCGUUCGAGGAUCGCGGAGCUUUAAUGGUUUCUAGGCAAAUCAAGAACGAUUUCCAGGAUUCGUGAGAAGACGCGUCAUGCUGUGCUUCCUGCUCCUGACGCUCCUCUGGACGCUGGUCACUGCGGCUCUGCAGCUGUCCACACACACCCUCGCCAGCCCUCAGGACGAUAGAACAAGGCCGUAUAUUUACCGCUGCCGCUCACCCAACAUGGAGAUCUUCACCUGCUGGUGGCGUCCGAUUGCUGAUCAGGACAACGUCAGCUAUACACUCCACUACAGCAGGGGUGAGCGCGCUCUUCAGGAGUGUCCCGAUUACGUGAGCGGUGGCGUCAACAGCUGCUUCUUUGAUGCCAAACACACUCAGAUCUGGGAGAUUUACUGCAUGAAUGUGACGGCUCACACACGCACCGGACCCAUCUCCUCCUACAAACACUGCGUGGACGUGGCCGAUAUAGUGGAGAUCGACCCGCCCUUUAACCUGACGUACAUCAUGCUGAACGAGAGCGUGGGUGAAUUGAGCCGCAGUAUUCUGCUGUCCUGGCUGUAUCCCGUCGAGCCUCAGGUGCGCGAGGGAUGGAUCACUCUCAUCUACGAGCUGCGCUACAGACCUCUCUCUCAGCCGGACAGCUGGAGGCUGAGGGAGCGUUUGCGUGAGCCUCACGUGGAGCUGGAUCUGCCGGUGGGGAAGUACGAGUUCAUGGUGCGCUGCCGCUCCGCCAACAGCAAACACUGGAGCGCAUGGAGCGAGUCCAUCACCGUCAACAUCGCUGGCAGACCUCUGUCCGAUCGGAUGUUGGCCUUGAUCCUCGUGACCAGCAUCACCAUCAUGGUCUUCCUCAUCGUGGGUUUGGGGAUCGCCCCGCGAGGCAAGAGAAUUAAAUCCUUCCUCCUGCCACCGAUUCCCAAGCCGCGUAUCCGAGGGAUUGAACCGGUUCUGCUGAAGAAGGGGAAGAUUGACGAGAUCAAUCGCCAUUUCUCCAGCUUUCACGGUUAUAAGUCGCCGCAGUACAGCAUGGAGACGUGGUACCAUUUGAGCGUGGACCCGUGUCCGGCUGCGACUCCGUAUAAACGUGAGGAUGCACUGAUCGCAGACAGACAACCGCCUGCGCCUCAGAGCUGCAGUCCUGCGCCAUACUGCCAUGGCCCCACCCCCUACUGCGAGGCACCCAUGCCUCUUUCCAAUUCUGACCCCACCCACUAUUGUGAGGGAGCCCUGCCUCCUCCAAACCACGGCCCCACCCCUUGUUGUGAGGGAGCCCCACCCAGUUUGAACCCUGGCCCCGCCCAUUCUGAGCUCAUGUGCGUCCCAGGCACAGACUACAGCAUGAUAAUAAGCCCCGCCCUGGUGCCGCCGCAGGACUUCUACACCUGCGUGAAGGGCGUGACGCCCGGCGGAGCGCUGCACCUGGUGCCCUGUCUGCCCGACGCUCUGAAGAACACACCCUACCUCCAGUUCACUGACGACUGCGCAGACAAGAGCAGCCAGCUGGUGGCGCUGCUGGAGAAACAGAUGGAGGCGCUGCUGAGCUCCGGCGACUCGGACCCCAGCGAAGCUGCCCUGCCGCUGCUACCUCACUCAGACACGAACUGAGCGCAAACUUGGAGCUAACGCACAAGCGACGUACAAUCUCACACACACACACACACACACACACACACACACACACACACACACACGCAGUCUGUGCUGGAUUCUUUUGCCUGGUGUUUUGGUUCAAAAAGAGUGCAUUCACUGCCUAAAAUGCCAGAUGAUAUUUUUUUGUGGUAUCUUGCUGUGAUUGAAACACUGACUGAGUGAUUGCAUGAGGCAUGAGAAGUUCAUUCAUGUUUAUUACAUGUUAAAAACUAGCAGGGAAAGGGAAAGGGCAUACAACUGGAAGUUUUUUAAUGAAGUUCAGAAACUUGUGCAGUGCUUAAAAUGGCGCUGUUUCUGUUCAGUGUGCAUGCAUACUAAACCAAGACACCCAUAACAACAUCUUUUACUGUUACACACUUCUUACUGUUACACUCUUAGUAGUUACCCAGAAAUCUACAUACAGAGUGCAGAUGAUGUCAGAACGGUCAUGCUUUUAAUGAAUGAAAGUGUGUAUAUAUAUAUACAUAUAUAUAUAGGUCAGUUAUGAAGCCGGUUCACUGAUGAGCUACACAUUAUCACGUUCAGUUUUGUGGAUGAAUAUAUCGUGAUAUAUUGCUCAGUCCUAUAUGGCUACACAUUUAAUGCUUUUGUUCUAAUUUUAACUUGAAUACUGCAUUAACUGAAACUAAUUAUCAUUUAGUUUUUUUAUAUACAGAAAAUAGUCCAUAAUUACGAUACUAAUAUUAAAUAACAUGAAAUACAGUUGAAUGAGAUAUUUUUGUGAAAUUAAAUAUAGUAUAUUUAUUUCACGAAAUUUAAAUUAUUACAUGAUUAUGGCCUCCGGUCAGUUUUGAUCUCAAACAAAGCAAGUGUAAGACCUACAUGAACACAUGACCUGAGUCCCAUCAGAUAACACACAGGAAUACAGAAAACAGCUUCGUCAAUACUUCAGAUGAAACCACACAGACUGCACUGUAACACACACACACACACACACACACACACACACACACACACACACACACACACACACACACACACACA